CGAACCACCAUCUCGACGUUGUGUCAGUACCCUUGAACGCAUCAUCUGCUUCCCUACACUAUGGCACCUUCUGCUACUCAUUCACAGAACCUGACGUACUCGUCAUCGACGCUUGAACCCGCGAAGAAGGUCGCGAAGGCGGCGACCGGCAAUGGGCGCGCGCCUGUCCACAUCUCGUCCGCGGAAGUUAUUCAGUUGGAGCAUGAAUAUGGGGCACAUAACUAUCAUCCGCUUCCUGUUGUCUUCGAACGAGCGCACGGCGCGACGGUGUGGGACCCGGAAGGGAAGGAGUACAUUGACAUGCUUUCCGCCUAUUCCGCUGUGAACCAGGGUCAUUGCCACCCCCGAAUUGUUGGAGCACUUGUGGAGCAAGCGCAGAAGCUCACUUUGUCUUCCCGCGCGUUCUACAAUUCAGUAUUUGGUCGGUUCGCGCAUAAGAUCACGGACAUGUUUGGAUACGAUAUGGUGUUGCCGAUGAACACCGGUGCCGAAGCGGUUGAAACGGCACUGAAGCUCGCUCGCAAGUGGGCGUACCAGAAGAAGGGUGUGGCUGACGGCCAGGCGAUCAUCUUUAGCGCUGCAGGCAACUUCCACGGCCGUACACUGGGCGUUAUCAGCAUGAGCACGGAUCCGGAGAGCCGCGGAGGGUUUGGACCUUAUCUGCGUGCCGUGGGUCCGGAAUAUGAGGACAACGGUGCGACGAAGACAAUCCGCUACGGGGAGAUCUCGGACCUUGAGCGCGCAUUGGAGCUGCACGGCAAGAACGCGGCGGCUUUCUUGGUUGAGCCCAUUCAAGGCGAAGCCGGAAUCGUCGUUCCUCCGGAGGGGUACUUGGCCCGGGUACAGGAGUUGUGCAAGAAGCACAACGUGUUGUUCAUCUGCGACGAGAUCCAGACUGGCUUGUGCCGGACGGGAAAGAUGCUUUGCUGCGAGCACGAUAAUGUCCGCCCCGACGUCGUUCUCCUGGGGAAGGCUCUCUCUGGCGGAGUCUACCCUGUCUCUGCGGUGCUCGCGGAUCGGGACAUUAUGCUUUGCAUCCAACCCGGGGAGCAUGGAAGCACGUAUGGCGGGAACCCCUUGGGGUGCGCAGUGGCUAUGACUGCCCUUGACGUCCUCGUUGAAGAGAACCUCUCCCAGCGCGCUAAGGUUCUUGGCGAGAAGUUCCGUACGGCAAUCCGCGCGAUUAACUCUCCUUUGGUCAAGACCGUUCGUGGCCGUGGCUUACUGAAUGCAAUUGUGAUCGACGAGGAGAGCAGCCAGAAGGGCCGUACGGCGUGGCAGUUAUGCCUUCUUCUAAAGAGUCGCGGGGUGCUCGCGAAACCGACGCACGUCAACAUCAUCCGCUUUGCCCCUCCGCUCGUCAUUACCGAAUCGGACCUGAUGAAGGCCGUCAACAUCAUUGAGUCGUCCCUGGAGGACCUGGACAAGCUUGAUGACAUCCCUGGCGAGGUCGAGAGCGAGAAGGGUCACAAGGAUACGAUCACCAACUGAAGCUAGCACGCGUCCACAGCCAGGCUUGCAUGAACGGACAUCUAUGCAGCUAUCUAUCACCAUGCUGACCAUCUUAUAUCGCACAUAGCAGUCGUAUGUAGCAAUUCUAUGUAGCAAUAAUGUCGGCUGAUUUCAU